GUUGAGACGUGACAGUAAACGCAACAACUCGCGGCGGAUGGUUUACGAUGAAUUCUCCCAAGGGACCCGUUGCGUCUGAAACGACAGCUCACGAAAAAUCGGACUCGGAGAGCGAGGAAAGUCACAAGCCGAAAGGUGUGACCGCUGACAUGGGACAUAAAGUGAAGAAGCACUACCUUCCGUUUAGCGUUGAAUCGCUGAUGGCGAAAUCAAGCUGUCAGGUGACGUGCUCUCCGGUUCUUCCGCAGCCUUUCCCGCUGGGACAGCAGGACUUUGUUGGGACUUACUUUGUGGACAAAACUAAAGUUUCUGUGGACAGUUUGUCAACGCUUUCGUACAGUCUAAACGACGAAAGUGAAGAAUUAAGCGAUAAGGAACAGAGCACUUGGUUGAACUCAUCUUUUACAUCUCAUCCUCGUCACUCGAGCCCACUGUCGUGCCCCUUACGCAAGCACAAGACGAACAGAAAGCCGCGCACACCCUUCAGCACCUCGCAGCUGCUCUCACUGGAGCGCAAGUUCCGACAGAAACAGUACCUCUCCAUCGCCGAACGGGCCGAGUUCUCCAACUCCCUCAACCUCACCGAGACUCAGGUCAAGAUCUGGUUCCAGAACAGGAGGGCGAAGGCCAAGAGACUUCAGGAGGCCGAGCUGGAAAAGUUCAAAUGUGCCUCCAAACCGAUUCUUGCACCGUUCGCGCUGCCCUUUCCUUUGGGAUCUCCAUCAUCUCUGUACGGACCUCCAGCUUCUUUCCCACGGCCCGUGCCGAUGCCAGGACUAUUUAACGGGCCUGUGUCUUAUGGGAUGUAUUAUUUGUCUUAAAAACUUUUAUCUGAUGGCUUCUUCCAAACUCUGAAAGAGUUUUU